AUGCAUAGCACCAUGUUUGCAACCGUGACUUACCCCGCAUUGACAUCCUUGUCACUGGCUCAAGCAAAUAAUCAGUUUGGGAAUCGGGUAGAAACAGACACGAAUACAGUAGGCUCACCCAACACUGUUCGCGAGGGGAGAGGCCUCAUGGCUGAAAACGGGAAUGGCGCCAUCAGCAAGAUUGGCGACAUGUCUGAGCUGCUGGGGCUGUCCAAACUGCAGGAAGUUCUUAAAAAUCUUGCUGACGAUCAGGCCAAAGUGGAAGUCGUUCAGAAACAGCAGGAUGAACAAGUGUCCACGGCCCUCCAGCGCCUAGCUGUGGUGGAGGCUACCUGUGAAACUCUCCCGCAGAUUCAGCAUCAGAUUCAGGCGGUCCAGGAGCAGACAAAGGCCUUGGAAGAGGCCACCCGUCAGCUUCGUGAACAAGAGGCUCAGCUCUCCAGUCAGGCGGCACGUCUUACUCUUUUGGAGAAGCAGGUGAAUGACCGCUUGGCAUCCUUGGAGAGCAAGGUGGUCCGCUUGGAAACCAGCGAAGAGAACCACUAUACCGAGGUGAAAGCUGCUUUGGUCAGUAUCCGCGAGGGAAACGAGCGUGCUGCUGAAGUUCAAGCCCAAGAGGAUGCUCGUCGCAAAGCACGAGAAGAAGAGGAGCGUCAGCAAGAAGAGGCCGCUGAGGAACAACGUCGCCGUGAGCGAGAAGCAUUGGAAGUUCAGCUGGCCGAGCAGGAGUUGGAGCGACAGAAGAAGGAACAGGAGGAGGAAGAGCGCCGCAAGAAGGAGCUCACCGAACGCCAACAGAAGCAAGACGAGGAACUCGCUGCCAAAAAGGCAGCUGCUGCUACUGCGGCCGCGGAGCUGGCGGCUGCGGAAAAGGCUGCAGCAGAAAAAGCUGCAGCAGAAAAAGCUGCAGCAGAGAAAGCUGCAGAAGCGGAGGUGCCGGCAACAGAGACCGCAGAACCUGCUGAAGUCACCCAAGCCCCUGCACCAAGCAAUCCUUUGAAGCGGCUCACUCCGGCACAGAGGAAUCAGCACAAGCUUUGCAAGAAGAAGUUGAAAGAGAUCGAAGCCCUUCAGGAGCAGAUUAAUGCCAAGAAGGUGAAGUACUACGCGCUGUCAGAUGAUCAGAAAGAGAAGAUGAAGCGGCGUGCAGAACUGGAGCAAACUGUGGGUGAUUUGGAGCGUUUGGCAGAGGAAAUUGAAGAGGCACAGCAAUCGCAGGAGGAUGCAGGUGAGGAAGUUACUGCACCUGCGGUUGAGGAGGCUGAAGAAGCCGAGGCACCUGCUGAGGAGAAAGAUCUUGGAGAAGGAGAGGUUGAAGCAGAGGAAGAGGAAGAAGCUGAGGAUCCCGAAGUACUUGCAGCCCGUGCUGCAGAAGAAGCGGCUGCGGCAGCUGCAGCUGCUGCUGAAGCCUUGGAAAUGGAGAAGCAGGCUCUUGAGGAGAGAAAGCAGGCGAGUCUGAAGCAGAAGAAGAACGCCAUGAAGAAACUGAAGGAGAUUGAUGCCAUAGAGGCAAAGAUGCAGGAGAAGGGACAAACUUUGGCAGAUCUUUCUUCAGAGGUGCAAGAGAAGGUUGGCCGAAAAGCUGAGCUCCUCACAUCCGUAAGCGAGAUGGAUCGCACGGUGUCCGAGGUGGAAGAAAAGUUGCAGAAACUCUCAGCAAGCGAAGAGGAACCAAAGGAGCCUGAGCCCGCACUCCCAGAUGCAACAGAGGCUGAAGCAGAAGAGAUCCCUGAGAAGGAAGAAGAACAGAAGGAGGAGUUGCCGGAACCUGAAGCAGCAACCGAAGAAGUUGCUCCAGAAUCAGUACCUCCUGAAAGUGCACAAGCUGCUUAUGCUGGGGAGCAGUCGCCAGACGAGGAGGAUGAGGAGGCAGCACAAAAAAGCAAGCCCAAAGCGAAAGGCAAAGCGGCACCCAAGGCCAAGAAGAAGGGCAAAAAGCCAGCUGCUGGAGAGAAGAAAAGAGAAAGAGACGAUUCUGCAGAAAUUGACGCGCUCGCUGCACGAAUUUCAGAGGGUGGAGAGGCUGAAAAGAAGAAAGGACUUUUUUCGUUCUUUGGGCUUUGAGUGGCAUGUGCCUGGAGGUCGUUCAGCCGGGUGCCCUGAGCCGCGGAGGAUAUGCCCGGGUGAAUGAUAGGUUUUCAACAAGGCACCGGCAG